AGAGAACACCCACAUGCAUUCUCAAAAACAGAGAAAAACAAGAAACAAGAGAACACCCACAUGGAUGUUUUAUUAUCCUUAAACUCAAGCUCAAGCUUAAUCAACAUUUCAAAGCCAUACAAACAUCAUCAAAGACAAUCUCCUACGGUGAACUUUUCUGUUUCAUGCCGAGCCACAAAAAAUAUUCCCAUUAAUCAAAAGCUACAAGAUGAUGAAGAUGGAACUUUGUACAAUAUUCUAUCUUUGUGCCCUAAAAGUGCAACAAUGGAUGACAUAAAGAGAGCUUAUAGAAGAAUGGCACUUCAGUAUCAUCCUGAUGUUUGUCAUGAUAGUUUGAAGAAAGAGGAAUCAACUAGGAUGUUUGUAAAACUAAAUGAAGCUUAUGAGAUAUUGUCGAAUCCAAAGCUUAAAGAAGAGUAUGAUUGUAAGUUAUUGGGUUUGGAUGAUAUGAGAAGAAGUAAAUGGAUGGAACAAGUUGUUGAGUUGAAAAGAAGGUCUCAUACACAUAAAGGUGGUGCAUCAUCAUGGGGUAGUAGAAUGAGAGCCAAGAACAAUAUGAACAAAGUUCAUCAGAAUUGCUAGUUUUUCAAUUAUCUUUAUGUUUAUGUGAUUAUUUUGUUGUAUAUUUUUCAUGAAUUGUGUUGUUUAAACACUCAUAAUUUGAGUGUAUAAAAAUAAAUCACUUUUAUAUGUAUAAUAGUACAGACGGGUCUCGCAGCUAGGGAUGAUAAUGGAUACCCAUGAGUAUAGAUAUUAGUCUCUCGCUACCCGUCCGUUUAAUAAAAAUGAUAUCCAUACCCGUCCUAUACCCGUGUGGAUAUCUGUCAGGUGGGUAUCUGUGAAA